CGACCCCUAAUGAUCACUCAGGUCAGUAAUUUAAGAAAUGUUAACAUAAAAGUUAGCUUUCAUGUUUUUACUGUGUAUGAUGCAAAAUCAAGGCUUCUCUGAUUUCAACAACAGGCCUGACACAUUUACAGCCUAAUAUAUGGUUUGCCUAACCCACUGUCAUAAAUGUGACUGUGCAUGUGUAUCUUAGCUACAGUGCUGAUUACGUCAAGCAUGUGGGAAAGCCUUUGUCCCCAAGGCACAGGUGUCAUUCUUUUGUCAUUACACGUGGUAAGCAGUGAAAAUGCACAUGCUAUUUCUGUCAAAGAGCCGGAAAAACAAGUUUGUCCUCAGGUUCUGUGUUUUAGUGGUGCCACCCAUUCAAGUCAUAUCUUGUUUGCUCAGGUAGAAGCACUUGGUUUUGUUACUUCUCAGGAGCAAUGGAGGGCUUAAGUCCAUAUUCUAAUCCAUGUGAAGACACUCCAGCAGGAUUCAGAGACCUGUUGCAACCAUCUAAUCUCGUCGAAGAUUUACUUCAAUCUCGCAAGCAUAGUCUACAGAAAGUCCCAGAUUUUGCUGAGAAGGAUGAAGCAAUCUUUUUCGAUACAAACACAGACACGUUGGGGCCAACUCCAUCCACACUUGAUGAGAGAGUGGAACAGCUGGAAGAAAUCAAAGACAGUGCUAAUUCCAAUAUAAUGGAGCAAACAGACGGAAUCGAGCAGAUGACCCUGGGGUCGAAAGAUCCAACUUUAGGCAAACCCAUUCGGGCAUACCUAGAUGAGAGUUUACCGGACCUGCUGAGGAGUGGGAGUCCGCUCCGGAGACGAGUAUCAAGCCCAGUGUCAGACACGUUAAAACAGAUGCGCCGGGAGGUGGAACUGUCUCGGCGUAGGAGUAUAAAACUGAAGGCUCAAGUGGAUAAAAUUCAGGAGCAGGGUCAAGACGGGCUUGUUUGGAGUCAACACAGAGUGCGGGUGACCGAGGAGAUUCAGUCCAUUGUAAAGCUCCUGGUCCCUCUGACUGAUGCGGAGACAACGUCAGAUCCCAACGUUGAAACCAACUCGCUGGAUACGGCACUGACGCAGUUGAAGAACGUUGCACGCACACUUGCUCUCAAACACACGUCUGAAGGAAACGCUAAAGAUGGGACGACAGAUAAGGUUGGUGUAUUACAACAAGCUCUACGGGACAGAGAUGAUGCUCUUGCAAAGAAAAAAGCGAUGGAGUCAGAGCUCCUGAAAUGCAAAACAGAACUAAUGUUACUGAACAAUCAGCUCCUGGAGGCAGUGCAGCGCCGGCUGGAGAUGGCUAUAGAGUUGGAAGCAUGGAAGGAUGAUGUGCAGACCAUCAUCCACCACCAGCUCCUGAGUCAGCAGCAGGCAGAACAGGCUCAGAAGAAGUCCAGAGGUUUCGGUGUAUUACGGCGCUCCAAACAGCCCAGUCCAGCACAGUCUCCAGUCAUGAGCCGAGCAUCCUCUCCUGCAUCACAGUCGCCCAACACACCUGUGGCCCAGCGCUGGAAAGACAGACUGAGACGAGGACGCCCCAGUCAUCUUUCCUCUGCUACCCGUGACCAGUCAUCCAGCCCAACUAUAAUGGACUCUUCAGUUAGCAGCAAGGACGAGAGUUUUCAAACAGUCUCUCUUGACUGAGCUUUUCCACUUUUUUCUAUUUUACAGGAUACACAAUUGUAAAAAAAAAGCUGAUCAGUAAGCUAAUACUGAUUUCUGUUGAGUCUGUUGUUUUCAGAAGUGCGAGGUUCAUAUACUAUUUUAUGCUUUAUUUGAACUGGUGCCACUUUCUCCAAAACAUGACCCUGGAAAGGCACAAAUAAUGUUUGUUGUACAUUAUGUAUACAUCUGAAUGAUUUACAAAAUAAAAUGGAUUUUAUUAACUUUUA